AUGGCGACGGUGAUGAUGCAGUUGAGCGGCUUGGUACUGGCCAUGCUGGGCUGGCUGGGCACUAUCCUCACUUGCGCACUGCCCAUGUGGAAGGUGACAGCCUUCAUCGGCUCCAACAUCGUGGUGGCCCAGGUCUUCUGGGAAGGGCUGUGGAUGAACUGCGUGUAUGAGAGCACGGGGCAGAUGCAGUGCAAGGUGUACGACUCACUGCUGGACCUCUCCUCCGACCUGCAAGCGGCCCGUGCCCUUGUGAUCACCUCUAUCAUUGUGGCCUUCUUUGCCUUCCUCACCGCCAUCAUGGGUGCCGACUGCACCCGCUGCGUGGAUGACAAGGGGGCCAAGAUGAGGAUCUCCAUCGUGGCAGGUGCUAUCUUCAUCGUGGCUGGCAUUGUGCUGCUCAUCCCUGUGUCCUGGUCUGCCAACACCAUCGUCAGCAACUUCUACAACCCCAUGGUACCUGCGGCGCUCAAGAGAGAGCUGGGGGCUGCCCUGUACAUAGGCUGGGCCUCCAGUGCCCUCCUGCUCUUCGGUGGAGGUAUCCUGUGCUGCUCCUGGCCCCCGGCCCAGCAGGAUCCCUACCCCAAGAAGUACAGAGCAGUGAAGACCUGCUCAGACCCUAUGAGCUAUCCCAUGAAAGACUACGUGUGAGAUGCCCUUCCUGGGCAAAGCUGUUCCCCGCCCAGCCCUCCCACUCAGUUGCAGGGCCCCAGGGCUGCCAGUUCAAAGGAAAACACCACUGAGCCUGGGGGUGGUGGUUUAUUGGGUUCCCAUUCCACCCCAGAGCUCCCAUCUCCCCAUGUCCCUCCAGCCCCCUUCCUACCAUGCACAGCCUCCUCCUGCCCCAUCCCACUCUCAACCCCACCGACGGUUAGGCCAUCGCCCUCCUGCCCCGCUCUGCCACAUGCAGGCCCCUAUUUCCCUGCAGGGUGAGGGGGCAGCCAGAUCCUGCUCACUCUCUGCUAUCCCCAUGGCAGCGCCACUGCGGCCCCCCAUGGGACACAGCCACACGUGGGCAGGAGGCUGCUCUCCUCGGAUACUGCUGGCUGCUCCUGGCUCAUUUAUAAACAUCUUGGUGCCCCUGAGGCUGUCUAGGCUUAUUUCAAACGGGUGGAGGAGGGAGGAUGGUGAUAUUUCCUACUGUUUUUCCAGCUCCAGGACACCUGCUGCUAGCUUGGGAGCUGGCCCAACACACGGCAUGCCACAUCACGGGCGAGUGAUUCACAUGCACGCACAUCCUCAUUGGCCUUGAGCUCGUGCCUGAUGAGGAUCUAUGGCAAGCCAGGGCACUCCCCCUCCACAUGCAGUUCCCUCACUGUGCACUCUAGCCUUGUGGGCAGGUGAUGCCUCCAGCUGGCCUGAGGAGCAGGGAAACUGAGGCAGGAAGCGGGCAAGGGGAAGCCAGAAGGCAGGACGCCAGGCAGCCCCAUCACAGCCUCCCCCAGCUGCAACAGGCUCAAGGGCUGGCCCUGGCAGGAUCACAGCUCCCUGCCACACAGAGCUCAGCAUCACAGCUGGCUCCAGUCAUCCUGACUCCAGGAGCUGGGAAGUGAUCAAUCCUGCUAGCUGAGAUAACUAGACCAGAAAAGGCCCAG